UUCAAAAGAUUUUAUCAAAGAACUGAAGAAGUAAUGCUUUAUAUCAUUCCAGAAAAUUUUGUAAAAUUCAACUAGUAUACCAUCUGUACCUGGAGAUUUAUUGUUUUUCAUAUUUUUAAUUGCGUCUUCGCAUUCGGAUAAAGUUGGGAGACUCUCGCAUAUAUAUUUUUCCACAUCGUUUAGUUUAUUUUCAAUAUUCGUUUCUGCGAUGUAAUUCUUGAUUUAAUUUAUGUUUGGCUGUCACAAUUUGAGUUUGUUUUAUUAUGCUUGUUAUGGCGUUCCAUAGUUUGUUCUCAUCAUAUAGUCGUUACGGAUAGUUGGUCACGACUGUCAGACCGGUUUGUAAAUGCUUACGUGUUAGUUCUGACCAGGCCGUGGAAGUGGGAAGGUGUGUACGCCCAAUGUGAGAAAAUGAUAGACCUGUGUGGUCGAGAGUUUUACCUGUGUGGUUUACUGGGCCUGCGUUGUAUGUACAUUUAGUACGGGUGUUCGAAUGAUGUUCCUGUGUGGAAAGUGAGAACACAAUUUUGAGCAUUUCGACAGCGGUGACCAGCUGUGUGUGUUAUUGUAUGGCUCGAGCAGGUGCUCGCAACAUGUAUAACAUGGCGUUCUGAGAUAUUUGAACAGCGUUGGAGAACGACCUAUAGAAAUACAGGAAAUACGUUCACGGCUACAGAAACGUUGAGCGAGUGAUGGACAAAGUGUCACCACGUGUCUGAAGACAACCAACGACUGUUGUGUAAAGUGUGGUAACUCUUUAGUCAACGUAUUUUGUUUCGCCAUCCUGUGUAACAUAUUUCGAAUUCGAGAGACAAGUCUGCUGGUUUUCUUACAUAAGGCAACAUAACGUAACAUUUAGCUUUAGUCGGGUACACGUGUAAUCGUCUGUAAAUUCAUAUAUUUUUUUGUUGUUAUAUUUGUUCCCCAAACAAAGUUUGGAAACAUAUUGUUUUUACUCUGUUUCUUAUUAUUAUUAAGGUCUUCCUUUCUUCACGGAAGACCUUAUAGUGAUUCUACUGUUUCUUAUUAUUAUUUUUUUUUUUGACCAAAUUUUGUUCAGGAGUUUUCUCGAAAACUAUACAGUGGUUUUCAGUGAAACUUUCAGGGAAAAUGCAGUUUAUUAUGAACUUUGUUUAUCACAAACAAAAUUGGGAAAAUUCUAUUUCGGUUCCAAGUUAUGGACAAUUUCCUGAUUUUCAAAUGGAACUUUGUCCGCGAGUGAUCUCAGGAACGGCUAAAGAUCUGAACUGGAGACUUAUUAGAGAUGAUAGAACAUGACUUAUAGAUUUGCAGAAUCACUAUUUCGUACGUCGUCAUCACUUCCGGUCGCUAACGGAAGCGAAUUUAAAAAAUGGAUUUUUUCAACUUUUUUGUUUUUUAAUGUUUUUCUUUGAUAAAUGUAAUAUAAAUAAAGACUCUUUAUAGAAUGCUGAAUAUGAUAUUUGUUUUUAAAUUGAUCAAACCAAACUCUAGAUAUUCGUAAUUUUAAUUUUGAAGCGAGGUCCUCGCUAGCCUAAUGGUUAGCGUGGUGGAUUUUCAUGCGGGCGACCCGGGUUCAAUCCCCCAGAUUACUCGAAUAUUUUUUCCCACUUUAUAACAAAUGAAGAAUUUAAGGUUAUCUACUGGACACGGAAAGAACGGAAGACCUUCUUGUUGCCAUGGCAACAAGUUUCUAGUUAUUAUUAUUAUUUUUUUGACCUAAUUUUGUGCAGGAGUUUUCUCGAAAACUAUACAGUGGUUUUCAGUGAAACUUUCAGGGAAAAUGCAGUUUAUUAUGAACUUUGUUUAUCACAAAUAAAAGUGGGAAAAUUCUAUUUCGGUUCCAAGUUAUGGACAAGUUCCUGAUUUUCAAAUGGAACUUUGUCCGCGAGUGAUCUCAGGAACGGCUAAAGAUAUGAACUGGAGACUUAUUAGAGAUGAUAGAACAUGACUUAUAGAUUUGCAGAAUCACUAUUUCGUACGUCGUCAUCACUUCCGGUCGCUAUCGGAAGCGAAUUUAAAAAAUGGAUUUUUUCAACUUUUUUGUUUUUUAAUGUUUUUCUUUGAUAAAUGUAAUAUAAAUAAAGACUCUUUAUAGAAUGCUGAAUAUGAUAUUUGUUUUUAAAUUGAUCAAACCAAACUCUAGAUAUUCGUAAUUUUAAUUUUGAAGCGAGGUCCUCGCUAGCCUAAUGGUUAGCGUGGUGGAUUUUCAUGCGGGCGACCCGGGUUCAAUCCCCCAGAUUACUCGAAUAUAUUUUUCCCACUUUAUAACAAAUGAAGAAUUUAAGGUUAUCUACUGGACACGGAAAGAACGGAAGACCUUCUUGUUGCCAUGGCAACAAGUUUCUAGUUAUCAUUAUUAUUAUUAUUCUUUUUCUCUGGUACUUUUUUGUCCGGUAGUGUUCUCAGAAACUACAAAAGGGAUCGAUAUGAAACUUUCCAGGAUGAUAGUAUAGCGUUUGUAGAUGUGCAUGGUGAUAGUCAUUUUGUCUGCACAUGCAUGCACGCGCGCGCACGUGCACUGCAAUUUUGGUACAAAAAUUGGAAAAUCAGAAUAUUAAGGAGAUCGAUAUAAAACCUAAAUAGGAUGGUAGUAUAUUAUUUGUAGAUAUGAAAAAUGAUAGUAAUUUUGUCUGCACGCGCACGCAUGCGCGUGCACAUGCAUUACAAAAUUUGUACACUAACUUUGGAAUCAGUCUAACUUUUUUGUUCUUCAUUGAAAUGACUUGAUAUUCAUAUCAUAGGUAGAUAUUGAGACCCUUAACUGAUUUGCAUGGUCAAAAUUACCAAUUUGCAUGCGCAUGCACGUGCGCUUCAUUUUGAUUGGAUAGUACUAAAACGUUUGUAACCAUCUUAUUUAUGAAGCGAAUGAGAUGAUAUUCACAGUAUACGUAGACAAUAUGUGUAUCUAUAUAUUGGUGUAAAAAAAAUGCCAACGCACACGCGCGUGCGUUUUCAAAUGUUCGAUUUUUAAAGGACGAUAACGUUUUUGUUUUUCAUCAAAUUCUAUUGAUAUUAGGGUUUUAAAUGUGUCUUAGUACUCCUUACAAAUUGCUGUGGUUAGAAUUACUGCUCAGCACGUGCAUGCACGUGUGCUGAAUUCUGAUUGGACGAUUUUAAAAUCGCUAUAACUACCUUAUAUUUGGUGGAAACGUGAUGAAAUUCAUACUGUGGGUAUAUGAUACAAAUGCCUGUUGAACGACAUCAAUAAAAAUUCGGAAUCAUACACUCGUGCGCGUGUAUGCACGUGCAACGCUUUCUUUCAUUUCUUGGUACUGAAAUGACCAUAUUAAACGUACUACAUGUAAUUAAAGGCUAAAAUAAAAUGAUUUUUUGCUAUAGAUUCACAAGGACAUCACAUUUUAUUUGGGGGAGGUUUGGGGAACAUAUGUAACGGUCCCCGUUGCAAUUAAAACUAGUUUUGUUUUGUUUUUGUGUGUAUGCGUGUUGUUGUGUGCAUGCGUGUGUAUGAGUGUAGAUGUUACUUGCUAUAUUAGUGAGCACGAUAAUAAACUUAUUUGCACAUACUCUUGAUCUUUCUUCAAAGAACGGUUUGUAGCGAGGGAUUAUUUCCAUGCCAUUAUCACAAAUUGUGACAAUUGGGGGCUCGUCCGGGAUGGAAAUAUUUUGAAUAACAACUUCCUUACGCUGAUUAAACUGAGCUUUGAAAAUGGAGAAAGAGUUAGAGAAAUUAGUAGAAAUUGGGCAGAAGUUAGGUUUGCAAGGAGAUAAGUUGUUGGAAUAUGUUAGAGAAAAAGAGAAAACUGAAAGAAAAAUGGAAGAAGAUAAACUGUUGAGAGAAGAGAGAGCAAGGGAAAGGGAGGCAAAAAGAGAAGAGAAGGAACUGGAUUUGCAGAUAAUGCAAUGUGAGCAAGAAGCGAGGAGAAAAGAAAAAGAGUUAAGCAUGGCAAUGCAAAUGAAAGAAUCAAACAAUCAAAUGUCAUUGUUAGAGAAACAAAUCCAGUUAGAGAGAGUUAAAGCAGAAGCGUUAGCAUUAGAAAUUAACUCUAAACAUGAAGGUGUCCCCAUAGCCUCAGGUGUUCAAGGUCGUGCUAAGUUGCCUAAGCUUCCUCCUAUUAAUGAUCAAAGAGAUUGUAUUGAUGCUUAUCUGCAAAGAUUUGAAAGGUUCGCAGAAAAUGCUAAGUGGUCUAGGGAUACAUGGUCAGUAAACCUUAGUGAAUUGCUCACAGGUAUUUCUCUUGAGGUUUAUUCUCGUUUGUCGUCCGGAGAUGCAUUUGAUUAUGACAAGCUCAAAUGUUCAUUGCUUCAGAGAUUUAGAUUAUCUGAGGAAGGGUUUCGUGAGAAAUUCAGAGGUACUAAGCCAGAUAAGGGCGAGAAUCCUCCUCAAUUUCUCGCGCGCAUAGACAAUUAUUUAACAAGGUGGAUGGAGCUCGCGAAAUCCCCACCUAAGUUUGAAGGGUUAAAAGAUCUAAUGUUGCGCGAGCAAUUCAUUUCAAGUUGUAGCAAGACACUUGCUACCUUUCUGCGUGAACGUCAUCCAAAAGACAUUAAAGAAAUGACGUGUUUAGCUGCACAAUUUAUUGAAGCGCACGGUGUUUCUUCAUUUUCUUAUGACCGCACAAAUUAUCGAGUAGAGACCGAUGAUGUGAGAUCAGUUUCAGCAGAGGUUCAGAAGAAAUCUUUGCCAAGUGCAGGUAAGAAAGAAAAAAAUGUUACGAAUGUGGACGUACAGGUCACAUAGCUAGGGAUUGUUUUGAUAGGUUAAAGAAAGGAUAUCGUCCCAACGCUAACAAAUGCGCGGCAAUGUAACCUCUAAAACGACUUCCCGAUCUGGAAAGGCACAACUCCCGAAAAUAGAUGUUGAGGAUGAGAAUCAACAAAGGAAUCAAUCCUUUAAGUCAGGUAAACAUGUUGGUUCUUUGUGUAUAUUGUCGGAUAAGUUAAGAGAUUGUUGCAUACAGGACAACCAAGUAACGUUACGUUGUGGACAUAUAUUACCUGUCAUUGGUGGAGCUUGUCGGGUUUGUCAUGAUAUGCCAGUUUUAGAUGGGUAUGUAGGCAAUCAUUCUGUCGAGGUUCUGCGAGAUAGUGGAUGCAGUGGUGUUGUGGUAAAACACAGUCUCGUUUCUCAAGAUCAACUGACAGGACGGAGUGUAGAAUGUGUCCUCAUUGACGGAACUGUCCGGAAAGUUCCAGAGGCAUACAUUAACGUACAUACACCUUUCAUAUCAGGUAAGGUAAAAGCUCUAUGUAUGAACGAUCCAGUCUAUGGUUUAAUCAUAGGUAACAUUAUUGGCGCUAGAGAUCCAUCAAAUCCUGACCCAGAAUGGGACAAUCGCAGGAAUUAUAAGGAUGUAGUGGGAAAAAAUCCGCAGGAAAUGGUGAAAGGCUUAGCCGUGCAGACUAGAAGUCAAAUUCAGAAGGAAAAGGAGAAAUAUAAAUCACUGAAGGUAACGAGCAUCACUAACAAUUUGAUCUCAGCAGAUGAUAUGAGAGUUGCACAGAAAGAGGAUGCUACACUAGAUAAGUAUCGGGAGUAUGCAAAGACUGGUACGCGAAAGUUCACAGGACAACAGAAUGUGUCUUGGUUUGUCAUGGAAAAUAAUUUGCUUUUCCGAUAUUUUCAGUCUCCUAAAGUGAGUAGCAAUAAAAUCUUUAGACAAUUUGUUGUUCCAUCACCACAUCGUAUUACAGUAAUGAAUCUUGCACACGAUUGUGUAUUGUCUGGUCACUUGAGUGUUGUCGAAUUUUUAUUGGCCAGGAGUACAAGGAGACGUAGGAAGAUACUGUAGGUCUUGUGAUGUGUGUCAGCGAACCGUACCAAAAGGUAAGGUAUAUCCUGUUCCGCUAGAGUCCAUGCCCCUCAUCGAUACUCCAUUCGAGCGAGUUGCUGUAGAUUUGAUUGGACCCAUUUGUCCAGCAACCGAUCGUGGAAACAGGUAUGUACUUACCAUGGUUGAUUACAGUACUAGAUAUCCUGAAGCUGUUGCACUCAAGGACAUCGAGACAGAACGUGUUGCUGAGGCAUUGUUUGAAUUCUUCACUAGAGUUGGUAUUCCUAAGGAGAUUCUAUCAGAUAUGGGAACCCAGUUUACAUCUAACCUGAUGAAAGAGGUAGGUCGUUUACUUUCUAUUGCACAGCUAACAACAACUCCAUAUCAUCCCGCUUGCAAUGGUUUAGUGGAGAAGUUCAAUGGAACACUCAAACAAAUGCUAAGACGUAUGGCCGCUGAAAGACCCAAGGAUUGGGACAGGUAUGUAGCACCUUUGCUGUUCGCAUAUCGCGAAGUUCCUCAAGAAAGCAUGGGAUUUUCCCCGUUUGAAUUAUUAUAUGGACGAACAGUUCGUGGACCGAUGUCAGUACUACGAGAGAUGUGGACAAAGGAACUAAAGGAUCCAGAGGUCAAGAGCACUUAUCAGUAUGUGUCAGACUUAAAAGAACGUUUAGAAGAAACAUGUGAAUUAGCAAAUAAGUCAUUACAGAAGUCCAGUCAGCGCUACAAGAAAUACUACGAUCGGAAAACAAAGUCACGUUCGUUUAGUGUCCAAGACAAGGUCUUAAUCCUCCUCCCUACAGACAACAAUAAACUACUCAUGCAAUGGAAAGGUCCGUUUACCAUUGUUUCUAAAUCUGGUAAGGUUGAUUACAAAGUUGAUGUUCAGGGCAAAAUCAAGACUUUCCACGCCAACCUUUUGAAGAAAUACGUCUAACGAGAAAUAGAUACUCGUGAAGUUCUAAGUUCUUGCGCCGUCAUAGAGGAAGACGCAUUUCAGAAUUCAGAUAGCGAGAGUGAUUUUCCUUUAGAGGUACCGCCUGCCGAAGCUAAGGAAACAUUUGACGACGUGCAUGUUGAUAAGGAUCUGACUACACAGCAACAAGAAGACGUCAGAGAGAUUCUUUCAGAAUUCAAAGAUGUUUUAUCGGAUCUACCUAAUCGUACUCAUUUAGCUCACCAUGAGAUUCAUCUGACAACUUCAGAUCCUAUCCGUAACAAGCCGUAUCAGAUUCCAUUUGCUUUAUGUGAUUCCGUUAGGGACGAAAUCAAGAAAAUGAUUGAGAUGGACAUUAUAGAACCGUCCGAGUCUCCAUACUCCAGCUCUAUUGUAAUUGCAAAAAAAGCUGAUGGUUCCAAGCGAAUAUGCAUUGACUUUAGAAAGCUAAACAAGGUGAGUGUGUUCGAUGCUGAACCAAUGCCUGAUCCCGAGGAAAUAUUUGCCAAGAUUGGACAGAGUAAGUAUUUUACAAAAGUAGAUCUGUGUAAGGAUUACUGGCAAAUUCCUAUGAGGACGAGGAUAAAGAUCUCACAUCAUUUGUCACCCCUGAUGGUUUGUUCAGAUUCAAAGUCAUGCCCUUCGGUUUAUCGAACGCGGCAGCUACGUUUAAUCGUAUGAUGCGUGUUCUGUUACGAGGUUUAAAAGAUACCGAUAGUUUCACUGACGACAUCUUAAUUCAUUCUGAAACUUGGGAAGAACAUUUAGUUUCCCUCAGGUGUCUAUUAGAAAGGUUACGAUCAGGAAGGUUGAAUGCAAAACCUUCUAAAUGUUUUGUUGGUUUUAGGUCACUUGAUUUUUUAGGUCAUUCAGUUGGAAAUGGGGUAAUGCGACCUAACAAUGACAAGCUUGACGCUAUCUAAAAUGCCCCUAGUCACGUAACCAAGAAACAGGUGCGUUCAUUUUUGGGAUUGAUCGGUUAUUACCGUAAGUUUGUUCCCAAUUUUGCUGUUGUUGCUUGUCCUUUGACUGGCUUAACUAGAAAAGGCAUUCCAAACAAGGUUGAGUGGCGCAAUGAACACGAAAGGUCUUUUAAUGAUUUAAAGGCAUUGCUCUUAUACGCCCCAAUUCUUAGACUCCCAGACUUUAACAAAGAUUUCUUUCUCACAACAGAUGCUUCCGAUUACGGAAUAGGUGCAGUGUUAUUGCACAUGCAUAAGAAAUUGUUUCCAAUAGCUUAUGCAAGUAGAAAGUUGAAUGAAAGAGAAAAAUUAUUCUGUGAUUGAAAAAGAGUGUUUAGCAAUUGUGUGGGCUGUAAGAAAGUUUCAAGCAUACUUGUAUGGUAGGACUUUCAUCCUUCAGACAGAUCAUCAACCAUUGGUGUAUCUGAACAGAUCAAAAGUUUCAAAUGGUAGGUUGAUGCGUUGGGCCAUCUUUUUACAAUCUUAUAAUUUUGUAGUUCAAGCAAUCAAAGGUAUUGACAACAUUGGUGCAGACUUUUUGAGUCGCCAUGUUUUGUAAAUAUUGUCCUUUCAUAUUAACGCUCAAAAAUAAGGUUCCCAAUUUUGAAACUUGAGAGGGGAGGUAUUGUCACAAUUUGAGUUUGUUUUAUUAUGCUUGUUAUGGCGUUCCAUAGUUUGUUCUCAUCAUAUAGUCGUUACGGAUAGUUGGUCACGGCUGUCAGACCGGUUUGUAAAUGCUUACGUGUUAGUUCUGACCAGGCCGUGGAAGUGGGAAGGUGUGUACGCCCAAUGUGAGAAAAUGAUAGACCUGUGUGGUCGAGAGUUUUACCUGUGUGGUUUACUGGGCCUGCGUUGUAUGUACAUUUAGUACGGGUGUUCGAAUGAUGUUCCUGUGUGGAAAGUGAGAACACAAUUUUGAGCAUUUCGACAGCGGUGAGUGUGAACUGUUUAUUUUUGUUUACGUUAGGAAAUUUUGUUACUCUAUUUAAAUGUAUGUAACCAGUUUAUUUGUAUUACACAAUAUACCCGACAUAUGCAAGUUUUCAGUAUAUAAUGUAUAUGUAAAAACCCCGACUGUUACUGUGUAAUUAUAGGUGACCAGCUGUGUGUGUUAUUGUAUGGCUCGAGCAGGUGCUCGCAACAUGUAUAACAUGGCGUUCUGAGAUAUUUGAACAGCGUUGGAGAACGACCUAUAGAAAUACAGGAAAUACGUUCACGGCUACAGAAACGUUGAGCGAGUGAUGGACAAAGUGUCACCACGUGUCUGAAGACAGCCAACGACUGUUAUGUAAAGUGUGGUAACUCUUUAGUCAACGUAUUUUGUUUCGCCAUCCUGUGUAACAUAUUUCGAAUUCGAGAGACAAGUCUGCUGGUUUUCUUACAUAAGGCAACAUAACGUAACAUUUAGCUUUAGUCGGGUACACGUGUAAUCGUCUGUAAAUUCAUUUUUUGUUUGUUAUAUUUUUGUUUUGUUUUGUGUGUAUGCGUGUUGUUGUGUGCAUGCGUGUGUAUGAGUGUAGAUGUUACUUGCUAUAUUAGUGAGCACGAUAAUAAACUUAUUUGCACAUA